AUGAAAUGCAGCCAGAGCCACCUUCGAAUGGAGGCAGAUGGUGAGGAGGCCAGAAACCCCAGGUCUCUGCGGAGGGAUCUCCUGGGGGAGUACCGCCAGAAAAAGACGGAAUCGAUGAUGGCAGAAAAAAUGGAAGACUUGAAUCUUCCUAACGCCGUCGUUACGAGGAUUAUCAAGGAAGCUUUGCCUAGUGGCGUUACGGUUGGGAAGGAAGCACGGGCUGCCGUUACGAAAGCUGCUUUCAUUUUCAUUCUUUACCUAACUUCGUCUGCUAACUCGGUCGCCAAAAAGGCAAAUCGUAAGACUAUUAGCAGCGCCGACGUGAUACAAGCUAUGGAGGAUAUUGACUUUGAUCAGUUCAUUGAGCCGCUGCAGGAGGCGCUGGAGAAUUUCAAGAAAACACAGAAAGAGAAAAAAGACGCGACGACAAAGAGGAAACAGCAGAAAAAAGACGAGGACGACGGGGUGGAUGGGACAGAAGACGAGUAG